CCAGUUCUCUUUCAUUUUUUUUGUUAUUGUUGAAUAGUUCCUAUUUGGGUUAAUAACAAUUCUGUAAUUAGUGAAACAAUAUUAUACCGAUAAUAAAUUUUCAAUAUUUAGAUAUUUUGGUAAUAUUAUGCAUGCGUGCCAGUCGAAAAUUCAAUAUGAUUUCCGCUGUCAGUCCACCAAGGCGAUUAGUUGAGGUUAAGUAAACGUCAAUAAACAAACACUGGAAAAAUUUGAAAACAAUUGAAUACCCGUUUAACCAUGGGAGUGCAUGGAUUGUGGAGAUUGCUGGAUGCUUCUGGCAAACCAGUGCCACUGGAAACUCUCGAAGGCAAAGUUCUGGCUAUCGAUGUAUCAAUAUGGAUUCAUCAGGUGUUGCAAGGUUAUCAAGACCGCAAAGGAAGUGCGAUACCAAACGCUCAUUUGCUUGGUCUUUUCCACAGGAUCUGCAAACUGCUGUACUUCAAAAUAAAACCCAUUUUUGUUUUUGAUGGCGGUGUUCCCAUGCUCAAGAAAAAUACCAUUGCAUCUCGCAAGAAACAGAAAGCAAUUGCAGCUACAAAAGCCGAACAGAUGAAGCACGACUUGAUCCAAAAUCUGAUAAAGCAUGCAGCAGUGAAAGGAGUAUUGGCUCUUGGAAACGGAGAUAAGCAAACAAAUUCCUCGCAAGGGUCUUCAAUUUCUAAAAGCUCGGAUUCUGCUCCAGAUAUGUUCAAACUGCCGAGUAUUCCAAGUCAAAAUGAAAGUUUUUCGGACGAUCAACUGGAUGAUAACGAAGAUUACGACUCUGAGACAUCGGUGGAAUUGAGUCCGCGAAAACAAUCUAGAUGGAAAGGAAAUAUUCACAAUGUGGAUGUAACGAGCGACGAUUUCAAGGCUCUGCCGGCUGACGUGCGUUACGAUGUUCUUACGGAUCUCAAAGAAACGAGAAAACAGAAUUCCUGGGGACGUUUACACGAAAUGCCUGAAGUUUCUCACGAAUUCUCCAGUUUUCAGAUGCAACGUUUAUUGAAGAGGCGACGAGUUCAGGAGUCGUUGGAAUCGGCAGAAAAAGAAAUGGGUGGAAAGACGCUGACUCUUGAAGAAUUGGAACGUAUUAUGUCCGAGCAGGGCAUAGAAACUGGUCGAGAGGAUAAAACAUUUCGAAUCGCCGCGGACAGUAGAACACGAUUGAUUUACAUAAACGAUCCUGCGAAGAUGAAAAAAAAUUCUGAAAGCGAGGAAACCGUUGAAGGAAGUUCGAGCCAAAUGAGUGAAUCCAACGACCCCAAGUUCUCAGUUAAUUCAGAAAACAAUGUUGUAGAGAAUGAGGAAAUGAAAGAAUCUUUUAUUGCUGAUAUCAACGAGUAUGAUCUCGAUAGCGAUUGGGAAUCCGAUGACGAGUCUUGGAUUUCCAAGAAGGUUGUGCAACCGUCCCCGAAUUUACCGAAAAAGUAUUUUGGCAAACGGAGCAUAAAUCCUGCUCUUGCUUACAUGCUCGAACAUGUAGGACUCCCGCAAGAACAAAUUUUCGCUCUUAUCGAGGACCAAAAAAAGUUCUCUGUUAAAGUGGAAAAGGAGUUAAAGGAAGAAAACAAAACUCCCGCUAAAAAAUCAGCUGUUUUUCAUAACCCGGAAAAGAAACCCAAGGAAACGGAGGAAACGAAAGUCAAAACCUCCGAAUCUGACAUUGAUAAGGCCAUUAUCGGAAUUCCAGAAAUUUGUGAUAUUAAAACCGUUGAUUUGACGUCAGACGUAGAAAAAAUGAAGAAUUCGCCACUGGAAGUAGCUGGAACUUCGAAAACUCUGAUAUCCGAUUCCGAUACGGAUUCCGAUCUCGUUGAAAUUCCUGAUGUUCCGAUACCAGAGAAAGGAAACAGUUUAGAAAUUUUAGUCAAAUCCGAUGAGAUUCCCAAUGAUGAUUUGUUUGCAGAUGUAUUCAACAGCAAUUCGCAGGAAGUCUCCGAAGUCAGUUCACACGAUACGAGCAAUACUCACGAGGAAGUUUCCAUUCUUAAUGAUUCGAAAAUUAUCGAAAAAAUCUCGACACAAGAAACGAAAGUUGCGAGCAAUUCUCACGAGGAAGUUUCCAUUCUUAAUGAUUCGAAAAUUAUCGAAGAAAUCUCGACACAAGAAACGAAAGUUACGACGCCACUAGUGAAGUCAGCGGAACCUAAUAGCUCGGAAGAAAAGUUCAUUGAGGCGAAACCUGAUAAAUCUGAUGUUGAUGAAUCCAAGAUUGAUGAAACUGGAGUCAGUAAACCAGUGAUUGAUCCUCCGGUGGCCGAAUCAAUGGACGUUCAAUCGAUUCCUUCAACCUCGGGAACUCAAGAGUCGACCGAUCAAAUCGCCAAAUUUAAGCCUGAACUGUUACAAGCUAAUCAUGAUAAACUUGUCUCGAUGCAGGUCGAAUUGGAGAGCGAACACAAUGACCUUGCAGGAAAUAUUGGAAAAUUGGAGAGACAAGCUACAGCCGUAACCGAUCAAAUGCGUAUGGAAGCUCAGGAUCUUUUACGUUUGUUUGGAAUCCCAUAUGUAGUUGCCCCCAUGGAGGCUGAGGCACAGUGUGCUUACUUGGAAAGUAUAGAUUUGACAGACGGCACGGUUACGGACGAUUCUGAUAUUUGGCUGUUUGGCGGGAGAUGCGUUUACAAGAAUUUUUUCAAUAACAACAAACGCGUUAUGCAAUAUAAAUCGAGCGACAUAGAACAUCAUUUCAAAUUGUCAAGGCAGCAAAUGAUUCAAUUAGCUCUUUUGGUCGGCAGCGAUUAUACUGUUGGAGUUCCGGGUAUUGGUCCGGUAACCGCCCUCGAAAUACUCGCCGCUUUUCCCACCGAAGGUGAUGAUUUACUUCGGGGUUUGGCGAACUUUUGCACGUGGCUGAAAACCGGAAGAUCGGUUGGCCCCCGCCGAGCUACUCUGCGUAACAAACUCCGCAAUGUAGAGAUUGAAAAAGGAUUUCCAAGCCAAGCUGUCGUCCAGGCUUAUCUAUUCCCAACUGUGGACGAGUCGAAGGAAAAAUUCACUUGGAGUAAGCCGAAUUUGACGCUUCUCGCAGAUUACACGAGACAAAAAUUCGGCUGGACGAAGCUCAAGUUCGAGGAGACGAUUGGUCCAGUGGUAAAAAAAUUGACCGAGGUAAAAAGUCAACUCGGAAUAGGAUCGUACUUCAAAGUAGACACGGUGCCUAAAUCGAUCGAAACGACGAUGAGCAAGAGGGUUCAGAAAGCCGUUCGAAGACUGGCUAACGUGGAUGAAGUAGAAGAAGAUUUUCAAGAGCCAGAAACAUCCACAAGAACUAAAGAAAAAAAACCACGACGCAAACGUGCGAAAAAGAGCGAAGAUGCUGAUGAUUCGAAAAAUUCCACAGCUGCUUCGGCCAACGACGAAGUUACGCAGAAUGUCAACGAGGCUAAAGAUAAAACGAAAAUCACGAGGAUACCCAACGGCGCAAACGUCGAUGAAUUUAUUCCUCAGCGUGAGAAGGAUCGAGCUAUUGCGCAGAAGAAAAAACUUCGUGCUAUCGAGGUUUUCAAAAAAUCGAAGAAAACAUCAGGCCGAACGAAAAAACAGAGACGAUCGACGACGGUUGUUACGAAAGAAGCGAACCUCUCCGAGAGUAGUGACAGCUCGUAAAUUCCUUUAGUCAUUCUCAGUCGUAGCGAAAAAAAUUUUCUAUUAAUUCCUUAAUUGGAUUAGUUAUCCAAUAAUGUAUAGCAGGUCGGUGAUUAAUCGAAAAAUUGACUCGAGUCCAGUGAGAAGUAUAAAAAUUUGUAAUUUAGAUUUGUAAUAGCGAAUUAUCAUGUUGAUGUUUGAGCUUUUGAAGAUUUCGGGUGAUUCGUAGAUUGAAUCAUUCUUUUCUGAACUUUAGUAUAUUUUUAUACAAUAAAAGUGUGAGUAGAAAAAAUUCUUUUGGAUAAUGAAAAUAUGGAGUACGAACGUUUGUAGGCCACGUAAAUGCCGAAAGGAUGAAGUGCUCAAAAUAUAGAACUUUUUAAUUGGCUGUGUAAACUCGUAAAA